UGGGAUAAUUAAAUAACGUACAUAGUAACGCUGUAUUUCUUAAAUGUUUCUAUAAACUAUAUGUCGCUAGUAUUUUAUCAGAGAUUUUAUUGUGAAACCUACGUGGUACAUGUGUGUUUUCAUGGAGCAGGCUGCGUGGUCUGCUCUGGGUGUACCGGAUGCUGUGGCGACCCGUGUCGCUGCAGUGUUGCGCUUUCCUGUUUACGGGCGGGAAGAGCGAACAUAGCUGACUGUGGAAGCCACUGGGUUCAAGUCAGCGGCACAUUUGUUUUAAUUCUCCUUGAUGCUAAUGGUUUAUACGUUUUAAUGAUACACGGGACAUUGCGAGGUCUAGCGGACACGUUUUAAGUGGACUGUUUCUGAAAACUAAAGGAUUUUUGGGGAGUGCAGGGCAGAUGGAGGAUCCUCCAGCAGAUUCAGGCGGUGGUGGUGGCGGCGGCGGCGGUGCAGCGGCGGAGGGCCCCGUGAUGCAGGUGGCAGAUAUCUUUUGGCCGACCGGGGCUCUCCCUCUACGGCUUCUGGAGUGGAAAGUCAAACCCGGGACUCUUGUUAACGUGGACUCCGUGCUAGCACUGUGUGCUCCCAUACCUCAGGAGAAGGGGGCAGAGGGUGCCAGGCUGCCAGAGAAGAAGGUGAAAUCGGACCGUGCUGGAGUAGUCAAGGAGCUAUGCUGUCAACUUGGACAAGUCAUACCUCCCGGGGGUGUCAUCGUCAGAAUCGAAGAAUGCAGCCAUCCAAUAGUAAUGAAGGGUUUAUGUGCUGAAUGUGGUCAGGACCUGACUCAGCUGCAGGGCACGAAUGGGAACCAGCAAACUCCCAUCUCCACAGCAACCGUCUCCAUGGUGCACAGUGUCCCCGAGCUGAUGGUCAGCUCAGAGCAAGCAGAACAGCUAGGCAGGGAAGACCAGCUGAGACUGUACCGGAACAAAAAGCUGGUUCUGAUGGUGGACCUGGACCAGACGCUGAUCCACACCACUGAACAGCACUGCCAGCGAAUGUCCAAUAAGGGCAUUUUCCACUUCCAGCUGGGGCGAGGAGAGCCUAUGCUCCACACACGACUACGCCCACACUGCAAGGAAUUCCUGGAGAAAAUUGCCAAACUCUAUGAAUUACAUGUCUUCACAUUUGGUAGCCGCCUUUAUGCGCACACCAUUGCUGGCUUUCUGGAUCCCGAAAAGAAGCUUUUCUCUCAUCGGAUCCUUUCGAGAGAUGAAUGCAUCGACCCUUUCUCCAAGACGGGGAAUCUUAGGAAUCUUUUCCCGUGUGGUGACUCCAUGGUCUGCAUUAUCGAUGACCGAGAGGACGUGUGGAAGUUUGCGCCUAACCUCAUCACUGUGAAGAAAUACAUCUACUUCCAGGGCACAGGGGACAUCAACGCUCCCCCUGGAUCACGGGAAGCUCAGAUGGCAAGGAAAGGAGGCCCGUCAAGUCGACCAGCAGAGAGCACAGAACCAGCGGGGACACUUGGUGCCGAUGAGCAAAAUAACGGCCCCAGGAAAAGGGCAGGAAAAGACAACAACAACAUUUCUGGAAAGGAAGAGUCCACAACACCUCAGUCUUCUCAGGGAGUACCAACAAAUGAACGGACUCACCCCGCGGAGGUUGCAGAGGACGAAUCAGGGCAAGGUAAAGGGUCAGAGACUGAGGCAGAGUCUGGGGUGGGGUCGAGGGAAACUCAGGUCGGUGACAGAACAAAUGUUAAGGAAGGUGAUAGCAACAGGACACUGGUCACACGAGAGGCACAGGACAGCGCAAACUCCUCAGCGCCGCACCACGAGUCCAAUAACUUAGACUUUGACCUUUCCAGUGACAGUGACAGUGACUCUAUUACAGAAAAGCCUCCCUCAUCAGAGAGCGAAAGUGAAGGCAAGUCUUGUCAGGCAAAGAAAUCUGGUCAGGGAGGAGUCACACAAGAGCUUGGUGAUGGUGAUGGGGCAAGGGAAGGGGAAACCAGCUCGGAUACAACAGAACCUUCAGGAGUUCUUCCCCCGGACCCCGAGCUGGGAAAUGGCUGCUCCGAUAGGAGAGAGCCAGAAACAGAGUCCCAGAAUAGCGAGCAAUCCGGGGUCACCAUGGGGGAGGAGCUGCUGGACCAGAGCAUGGAGGACGAGGACGAGGAAGAAGAAGCUGAUAACGACCAGGACGAUCACCUGAUCUACCUGGAGGAAGUGCUGGAAAGGAUCCACGCAGAGUACUACGCACGUUACGAGGCCUACCUGAGGAAGGAGGCCUCUGAAACGCCGGACAUCCGCAAAAUUGUCCCAGAGCUGAAAAGCAAAACACUGGAGGGCACGACGUUAGUUUUCAGUGGCCUGUACCCGACCAACUACCCCAUGGAGAGGACCCGUGAGCACUACCAUGCUAAAGCACUGGGGGCCAAAAUUGGGAAGAAUCUGGUUCUUAAUUCCCAAGAUCCGAGUCGGACAACACACCUCAUCGCAGCAAGAGCUGGCACCGAGAAGGUUCGUCAGGCACAAGGCUGCAACCACCUCCAUGUUGUCAACCCCGACUGGCUGUGGAGCUGUCUGGAGCGCUGGGAGAGGGUGGAGGAGCAGCUCUACCCGCUAAAGGAGGACUAUUCCAAGACGCCAAGGAGCAACAGUCCAGCGGCGAUCCCUGAUCAUGUGGGCUCCCUGCAGAAGCCUAUUUUCAACCCAGCUGCCAUCCAGUACAGGCCUCCACCUCCAGCCCCUGAGGUUCGGACCUACGACCCCGUCACAGGGAAGCUGAUCCGCAGGGGGCCUCAGCUGUCACGGCCGCUACCUUACCCCCAGGCGUCAGGGUCUUUAAUGCUCUCUGAUCACAGAGACCAGUCUUGUGUCAGGGGAACUUCAAAGGGUCAGCAGGACGGUGUGGCAGGGCCCAGCCAAGACAACGAGCAGCCAGGGCCGUCUCGUCGGAAACGACAGCCGAGCAUGUCAGAAUCUAUGCCUCUGUACACACUUUGCAAGGAGGAUCUAGACAGCAUGGACAAAGAGGUGGACGACAUCUUAGGCGAGGAGAGCGACAACGAAAGUGAGGGCAGAGGGAAGGAGAAGCCAGGCAAUGAGGAGGUGGAGGAUGAAGAGGAGGAGGAGCAGCCUGGACAGAUAGCAGGAGGAGGGCCCGGGCCUCAGGCGCUGAGCAUGGAGCAGAGGAUCCAGACACCAUCCAGUGAGACCAGUCUGCCCAGUAGUGUGCCAAGAGAAAAACCGUGUGCUCCUCUCUCUGCCGGCAAUACCUGGAGGCAGUGAAUCACAGCAGCAGAGGGAAGAGGAGGUGGACAGGAGGAAGGACUGAUACUGACUGAUGUCUGAGUUCUUCAUUCUUUCUAAACUUCACUCAGUGUUUCAGAUUUGUUUCCAGGGAGAUAUUGAGUUUGUAUAACGACUUUGCUGUUUUUAACUUAACUGUUGCUGCUUUAGAAAAACAUUUAGCUAUAUUUAAAAUAUUCAAUGCUGAUCCUGUUCUGAAUAUUUUAAAUGUUCUUUUUUUUUUUAAAAAAGCAUUUAUUUAGUAAUGAAAGACAACCAAUAAGAGUAUCGACAAAGAACCAAACCGAUAAGGAGUAUUGAUGAGUAGUAGUAUUGAUAAAAUCCUAUCAAUACCCAUUUGUCCUACUAUUUUUUAUAUGCAAAUGUUUGCUGCUUCGCUUUUCUGACACUGUGUUGUUCUCACUCUUUAUUAUUUCUAAAUUAAUUAAUCAUGGCAAUCAAAUUUAGUCUUGUUG